AUGGCAAAUAAGUUAUGCUUUGAAGCUUUAGAUAAGACCUUAAGAGAUAUUCUAAGAACAAGGUUUGAAAAUAGCUCUAACAAACCUUUUGGAGGACUUACAAUAGUAUGUGGUGGUGAUUUUCGACAAAUAUUACCAGUUGUCCCAAAAGGUACAAGAGCUGAUCAUGUUGAUGCUUCUCAUAACUCAUCAUAUUUGUGGCCAUUUUUCAAAAUAUAUGAGCUCAACCAAAAUAUGAGGCUCUAUAAUGGAAGCCUGAUUGGUUUUGAGGCUGCUAAAAUAGCUUCUUUUGACAAAUGGAUGUUGCAGAUUGGAGAUGGUUCAUUAUAUGAUGACAUUGAUAGACAAUUAAUUAAGCUUCCUUCUGAUAUCACCAUAAAUCCAUCUCAAGAUCUAAUGAAAUCCAUAGUUGAAGUUAUCUACCCAUUACUUUUACAAAAGUACAACGAUCCUGCAUAUUUGACAGAAAGAGCAAUACUAACACCAAAAAUGAAAUGGUCUAUGAACUAA